GGGUCGCCAGGCGGUGGCGGGAUGGGCGGAGAGGCGGGGUCGGCGACGGCCGUGCAUCCCGGGGGCCGCAUCAAGAGCCUGGGUCUCCUGUUCGAGGAUGAGCGCAAGGGCUGCUACUCCAGCGGCGAGACGGUGGCUGGACACGUGCUGCUGGAGGCGGCCGAGCCGGUGGCCCUGCGCGCGCUGCGUCUGGAGGCCCAGGGCCGUGCCACCGCCGCCUGGGGCCCGAGCGCUGGCGCCAGGGUCUCGGCCAGCGGCGCGGCCGCGGCUGCCACCUCCGAGGUGGAGUACUUGAACGUACGCUUGAGCCUGCGUGAACCCCCGGCCGGUGAAGGCAUCAUUUUAUUGCAGCCUGGAAAACAUGAAUUUCCAUUUCGCUUUCAACUUCCAUCUGAACCUCUGGUAACAUCAUUUACUGGGAAAUAUGGCAGUAUUAAGUACUGUGUGAGGGCAGUUUUGGAACGACCCCAGGUACCAGAUCAGAGUGUGAGACGGGAACUCCAGGUAGUUAGUCAUGUGGAUGUCAACACACCAGCAUUACUGACCCCUGUACUGAAAACUCAAGAGAAAAUGGUUGGCUGUUGGUUUUUCACUUCGGGUCCAGUCUCACUGAGUGCCAAAAUUGAAAGAAAGGGCUACUGCAAUGGAGAGGCUAUCCCCAUCUAUGCAGAAAUAGAGAAUUGUUCUUCUCGUCUGAUUGUUCCCAAGGCAGCUAUAUUCCAAACCCAGACAUACCUGGCUAGUGGGAAAACGAAGACAGUCCGUCAUAUGGUAGCCAACGUGCGAGGAAACCACAUUGCUUCUGGAAGCACAGACACAUGGAAUGGGAAGACACUAAAAAUUCCACCUGUUUCUCCAUCCAUCCUGGACUGCUGCAUUAUCAGAGUGGACUAUUCCUUAGCUGUAUAUAUACACAUUCCUGGUGCUAAAAAGUUGAUGCUGGAGCUGCCAUUAGUGAUUGGUACAAUCCCAUAUAAUGGCUUUGGCAGCAGAAACUGCAAUGUCACUAGUCAGUUCAGCAUGGACAUGAGCUGGUUGGCCCUGACCCUGCCAGAACAACCUGAAGCACCACCAAAUUACGCAGAUGUGGUAUCUGAGGAGGAAUUUUCUAGACACAUUCCUCCUUACCCUCAUCCCCCUGACUGUGAGAGUGAAGCGUGCUACCCUAUGUUUGCCUGCAUGCAAGAAUUCCGGUUUCAGCCUCCACCUCUUUAUUCAGAGGUUGAUCCACAUCCUGGUGAUGUAGAAGAAACACAGCCUGUUUCCUUCAUUUUCUGAACGCAUCUCAGAAAUCACCUCCUUAUCAAAUCAGAAUGUUGAUUAUUCCCACAUGCCUUUUUGGAGGAAGGAGCAGAGAAUAUAAAUGAACUGCAAGACUAAAGAUGAGAAAUUAAAGAAUACAAGUACUCUAGUGGGCCUACAGGAUGGUUGCACAAAUUUAUAGGAUAGUCACAUGUCCCCUUAAAAAACCUGAGAUGAAGAUGUGAAAGAUAGCAGAAUGUACUUGAAGUGCUGAAGGUUGUGGAGUAAGUAAAGGAACGCUUGUGCUGUUGAAGAGAAAGGAAUCGUAGUGUGUGGAGAUGUUAUGUGAGCAUGCCUUUGCAAGGGUUUCCACACUGGUAAACAAGUGACCUGAACUGAGGUCUAUGUGUGCUUAUUGGGAAAAGACUUGAUUGAGGGAACAAGAUGGCAUUGAAGUGAAUGUUAAUAAGAAAGUGGCCUACUCUAAAUAUAAGUGAGACCCUUACGUUUCAGGGUCUUCGUGAUUUUUUACCAUGUUAUUGUAUGAAGGACCAAAGUCCUUGAAAGUGUGCUUUCUUGACAUCUUGUGCAGUCCUAACAGAGUGAUAGUUUUCACUCUUACUAGGAGGCUGAAAUAUACCUUAGAAAUUGACUACACGGUAUUGGGAAACCUAGAAGGAGUUCUUUAAAAUGGUACCACAAGAUAAAAAAAAAGAAUUUUCACAUGAAAAUGUUUUGUUGAAAGCUAUACUUUUUACCACCUUUAAGUACUUUUACAGGACAUAUGUUUGAUUUUCUUCAUAUCUUAUUCACCUAGGCACAUUAGAAUAAGAAAGGUUGGGGUUGGAAUUACACUUUUAGCCUUGCUACCUACACACAAAGCAUUUUCUUAACCUACCUCUACUGGAGUUACUGGACCAGUUUCCAAAAGUACAGGCUUGAUAGACCUUUGGAGUUUGUGCUGUUUACAGUAGUAGACUUCUCAUACCUGUCACUAACUUGGAAACUCAGCUAAGGGAAAAUUCUGUGAGCUUAUCAUGAAAUAUGAUUAUCUAAGAAUACUAUAAAACUAAAUUAAAAUUGAAAGAUGAUAGGAAUACCAUUUCUUUACCAAAACCUAACUUAAUUCCAUCAGGAGGCUUAAGUGGAUGGAUGACAGUCACUGUGUUACUUUUUUAUUCCAAUUAUUUAGUAAUUCCAUUUAAGCUGUGAUUUUUUUUAUUGUUUUGGUGCAAUACUUUGUUGUCAUUGAACCUCAGGAUAUUUUGACCAACAGGAUUGUGCAGCUGCUGGGAGUUUUCAGUGGUGUUUUCACUGUCCCCUCCCCACAUGUUCAUGGUCACACAAUCACUUCCUUUGCCUCCAGUCUGCUGGUUCUUUGAGCUGAGAAUAUUUCUGAGGUGAGGUGGAAGGGAGAUUGGGAUUCCAACGAAAGAGAUUUGGACCAGCUGAAUCCUAAGGGUUUGAUCUAGAAACCCUGGUGCUUCCCAAGCAGAAUGCUGUCCUUCAUUCAGCAGAAUGACAACUUUAUCUUUCAAUCAGUAAGUUCACUUAGAUAGAGGAAAAUUCUUCCAUGGUUAAUUUUAUAUUUAAAAAUUAGCAGGGCAUUUGAUAAGGGAUUUUUUACAAACAUUAGACAAAUAUAUGCUUAUACCCCUUUGAGCAUACCUUUCUCUCCUGUGAUGGUGUAAGCAUCAAAUGUGUGUUUCCUCAUAAACCACUGUUUAAACUCAUGUCAGAUGAUUUUUGCCAGUAAUUGUGUUACAGGAAUUGUUAUAGAACUUUCCUUACUUUCUGUUUUAGAGGGUUGUUUUUUUUUUUAAUUUUGCUUUGUGUUGGAUGUGUAUAACAAGUAUUUGUGUUUAAAUGCUGUGGAAAGAGAUUCUGGUUUUACUUUAGAAAAGAUGACCUGUUAUUUAUUGACUUCCAGGCUGUAGUUUAUGUGCUAUGUCAAGACAUAGACCAUCUCUACAAAACACAAAGAGAAAGAAACCAUUAGUAUGGACAGAGAGAAAGGUGAACUACUUGACCUGUCUCCUAUAGAAAAGCCAUCACAGUAGGAUCAAUUAGAGAAAUCAUGAAAUUCCUCUGCAGAAGUGAGAGCUAGCUGCAGCAUUUCAGAGACUAGCACAGAGUUGUGACUUGAUAUGGGGUCUGUCUGACUUCAUGUAAAUAAUGAUGAUAACAUUUUAUGAAUGUAGAAAACAACAUUGCUAAAGAGAAAACCUGCAGAUAAAGAUAAAAUAUAGCUGCUAUUACUGCCUGUUUAUUUCCCUCUUGUCUUAUUUAAUUUAGGCAAAAAAAUGUGGCCUUAGAAUUUUUGUUUUAUGCAAAAAAAAGCAAUUAAAAGUGUGCAAUUUUUUUACACACAAAAAUCCUUCUUGAGCAAAACUUUACUUUUUGUGUUUUUGUUUUGCACAAUAAGAAACUCAGUAGGCAAAGUUAUGUUUUGGAUAAGUUAA